CGUGCAGUGAACACUUGAUGCAGUUCUGAAUUGACAGACUUCAAAGCCAACAUGAAUAUUACUAUUUUCUGUGUCCUCGUUAUCGGUUUCUUGGUUACUGUUCACGCGUCGGCUCACAAUGAAACCGAAUCCUCUACGCCAAACAUCGAAGAACAGCCCCGUGACAAGAGAGGAUUCGCAAGCGGUGGAGGCGGAUACGGAGGUGGUGGCUCCGGAUACGGUGGAGGAGCUGGUGGUGGAGCUGGUGGAUAUGGAGUAGGUUAUGGUGGUGCCGCAGCUAUUGCACAGGAAGCCGCUAAUGUAGCAAAGGCGGCACAGAACGCACAGGCCGGAGCUGCAGCUCAGGCUGCCCAACAAGCACAGGCCACCCUUGCGGCACAAGCCGUUCAGGCAGCUCAGCAAGCCCAAGCAGUUACAGCAGCCAAACAGGCGCAAGCCGCCCAAAUCUCACAGGCUGCUCAGGCUGCCCAGGCUGCAGCUUUCGCCGAAUCAGCACAGGCCGCCCAAGCUGCUCAGGCUGUCCAGGCUGCUGAAGCUACCAAAGUUCAAGCUAUCCAACAAGCCCAAGCUAUAGCUGCUGCUGCCAAGGCUGCCCAAGCCCACGCCGCACAAGCAGUCGCUUCCCUUCAGGCCGCCCAAGCCCAACAAGCUACUCAGGCACAAAUGGCAUAUCAGGCUCAAGCAAACGCCCAAGCCUUGGCUUACAAACAGCAAGCUGCAUUGGCUGAUCUUGCUGCCGCCCAGCAGGCCGCCAACAAGGCCUACUCGGCCGCCCAAGCCGCCCAAGCUACUGCCGUUGGUGGAGGUGGAUCCUAUGGCGGAUUCGGCGGAGGAUACGGCGGAGGACACGGUGGUUGCCCGGGCUGUUAAAAAUUCCAUUUGAUGUGAUGUGUGGCAAAUGAUAGAAACAAUCAUAUUGUUUUGCUGCAGACACAUAUUUAACAAUUUACAUGUUCUUGCAUACUCCCGCAAUUUCUGUUGGACUGUCGAUUCAGCUCCGUUCAUUUGCUAUAAAUAUUACUGCUGUUGAAACCCAUAAA